AUGGCACAAUCCCCCCUGGGCUUCGCUCGCUUUGCUCCUCCUCCACUGAGGUUUUCGUUUCGUCCAUCGCCGCAGCCGCCGCCGCCACCUUCCAGUUACAAGGCGCCGUCCAUCGAUUCGUCACGAGGCAGGGUCAUAGCCGGCGUCUUCAUCGGCAUCGUCGCCGCCGUGCUCCUGUACAUUAUCGUGUGCAGCCUCUGCCGGGGGCGCCGCGCUCGUGCCGCGGCCGCCGCCGCAGCUGCUCGGCCGCAUCCCAUGACGGAAACUAGCAGCGUGCGCUUGGACGAGCGGCCGCUUCGCCAUGCCUUGGCCGCAUCCCCAAUGGCCGGUCUCCCGGCGUUCGCAUACACCCUAUCCGUGAAGCAUAACGUGACGAGGUCAGGGGAGGAGACGGCGGCGUGCUCGGUGUGCCUCGCCGCGUUCCAGCUCGGGGACAAGGUGCGGCUGCUGCCGGCGUGCCUGCACCUGUACCACGCCGAGUGCAUCGGCCCGUGGCUGGACGUGCACUCGACGUGCCCGAUCUGCCGCUCGUAUACCGACACGACGGUGGGCGUCGAACGGCUACCGAAUGUUUAG